AUGGCGACGACGGCCAAGAUGAGGAAUCCCAAGGACUCCAUGAAGUCAGACUGGUACACAGCACUGCCCCGGGAUCAGUGGACGUGGCACCACUGGUUCUACCACUAUACGGGCGUGUACAAGGAGGGGGUGGAGACGCCGGUGCCGAUAUACCAGAAGACGGAGAGGGUCCCGUACGUGUCGGACUGGACGACGCACGGGUGGAUCACCGCACACAUUGCGACGACGAUAUUCCUGAACCACCUGUACGUGGUGUACACGGGACACAACCUGAGCGCGGUGGCUGCCUUCUUCUUCUACUCGCUGGCCUUCAAGAUCACCGCCAUCCACGAGAUGCGUGCCCUCCGCUAUGUCGGCCACAUGACGGGGUACCUCGACGGGGACGCGCACGCGCGCGACGGCGUGCCCAACGUCGGCGUGGAGAAGGUGGUGUGGUCGCUGCUGUCGACGUCGACCUUCCGCCCCAUCUUCACGCUCUUCCUGAGCUGGCGGACGGCACAGGCGCCCGCCGACGCCAACUGGCUGCUGGUACCGCUGGAGACGGGCUUGUACAUUGUCACCCUCGACUUCUGGUUCUACUGGUACCACCGCCUGAUGCACGAGGUCGACUGGCUGUGGAGGUUCCACCGCACCCACCACCUCACCAAGCAUCCCAACCCGCUGCUCACCCUGUACGCCGACACCGUCCAGGAACUAUUUGACGUCGCCGGGAUCCCUCUCAUGUCCUACUUCUCCCUCAAGGCCGUGGGCCUCCCCAUGGGCUUUUACGAGUGGUGGUUCGCCCACCAGUUCGUCAUGUUCACCGAGCUCGUCGGCCACAGCGGCCUCCGCAUAGUCCUCUGGCCGCCAAACCCUCUCAACCCGCUCAUCCGCCUCUUCGGCCUCGAGCUCAUCAUCGAGGACCACGAUAUCCACCACCGCAAAGGGUGGAAGAGGAGCGGGAACUACGGCAAGCAGACUCGCAUCUGGGACUCGCUCUUUGGGACAAACCUCGGUCGCAUCGAGUGCCAGGACAGCAACAUCGACUGGAAGGGAGAGCCUGUCAGUAUCCCUAUGUUUUUCCGAUCAUUCACUUGA